AUGCUCCGAGAGGCCGUUUUUCUAUUGUUUGCGGUUUAUUGUACAGCUGAGCCGACUCGAGGCACGCGAUGUGCAAAGAAUCAAGUGAUCAACAGAUUGACUGUUUAUGAAGAUGGAGCUUUGGAGGCAGAGUGUGGACCGAUCCCGUGUGGAAUGAGUGCGAUGAGAUGUAUUGAGGAUCAAACGUCGUGCCGAGCUGACACUGAUGUGUUCUCAGGGAUGAGAUGGGCGGCGAAUGGACAAAGUGUUCUCCUUCGAUGCUGUACUCUGAAAGUCGCUAAUAAGAUCUAUGUGGGAACGGAUUUGGUCUCUGCUGGAUCUUACUAUGUUGGUGGGCCAGUCUCUCAACAAGAUUUGUACGGUCAAGGCGGUCCCGAAUACGAUUUCAUCGCGAAUAUCAGAACUGAACAAGGUGGUGUACGGGUAUGGGUUUACCGUAUAAUGUGUCCAGUUGGAGCAGAAGAUGUCGAGACACAACCAGGGGAAGAACAAGAAGAACAAGCACAAGAAGAGCAUGAAGAACAUGAAGAACAUGAAGGACAUGAAGGACAUGAAGGACACGAAGAACAAGAAGAACAAGUUCAAAAGAAGCACUUUGAGAAGAGAAGAGAUUAUCUUUUGAAGAGACUGGGAGCUCAUGGAGCAGCUGAGAGCAUUGAUGAGAUGCCAGAAGAGGUUGCGGCCGAGGAUGAAGCUGUGAAUCCGCUUCAAUAUCGACCAGCCAACAUGAAACAU